GGCAUGACUCACGAGCAGGGUGUGAUACUCCGUUCGCUUCCUCGACAACUCUCACCCAACCCCCUGGUUAACGACUUAACGAUGCUCGAACGUUUUCGUACCCGCUCCACUAAUCUGCGCUCCGCUCCGCUCUUUGCCGCGAGGUUUCUAAGUAAUACCCCGAGACGACAAUGUUCAGAUCGCGUGCUGAUAGUCGUUUAACAGUCCACCCUUUACUUUCCGAGAUCGCGAUCACGCCACGUCGAGACGGCUAAGAGCAGAGGUACAACUAUUCGGUGGCACUUAAAUUUUUCUUAAGCUAAUUCGACCUGUCGUUCGCGUCGUAAACUAAUCAGCCCGUAAGCUUUCGAUGAUAAAUGGACAGAGAGGUUUACGGCCGUAGGUGAAAUUUUAUAUACGAGUAAUUUUGCGCAUUUGUGCACGGGGGAAAUGAGCGGGGUGUACGAUGAACUGACAGACAGUGAUGCAUAUAGGGUGGAUACGUGCGCGGAGAUAGCUUUGAUGGCGAGUAACGCAAAAAUGAAAAAUUGCCGAUAACAUCGACAGCCGUAUGCUCAAACGCGAAAUAUCCAAAACAGAUAACAAUCUAUUCCGCUCAGGUACAUAUAUACACCGCGUGCCGCGUCCGGCAACCGUGGGCAUUGUACGGAGAAAUCGCGCCGUUUAAUUACGCAGAUCAAAGCAACCCAGUCUCGCCAAACCCCGCCAGACUAGUAUACAGGUCCAUUCAAACGCUUCCGACGCAGACACAGUCCGGCGAUAUUGAGGCUCGCGUACGUCUGAUACCUGGACACAGCGUUAAAUCCAAAGUGAUAGAAUCGAGAGGGUACAUGCGAAGACAGAAGAAGAAAGAGAGAACGCAAAUGCAAUUUAUAUACUUCCAAAGUUUAAUCGACUCAGUUUUACGGCGCAAGAAAUAGCGCGAUAUUUUUUUAAGGGAGAGAAUGAAAGCAAGAUAGAGCUGCAUUCUGUUCAAACAACGGAUGAUGUUGGAUCGAACAUCACAGACAGCGAAUAAAUGGCGAACAGGCAAUAUCGCUCGCAGAUAUAAUUGGUCAAUGGAAUUCAUAAAUGGGCCGAGAAAUAAAAGUGUCGCGUUGUAUGACCAGCUGUCUGGUUCGAAUGCGAUUUGGAAGAAAAAUCGAUGGAACGUCAUCGCAGAUCGGUAUUUAUACAUGACUCGUGCCGAGGUGAGGGAAGCCAAAUGUGAUUUUAAUCGAAUUAAUUAAUUCUGCUGAUACGAUCACAAAUCAGACCGGAUUAAUUUCGGCGCGAUAGAAACGAGAGAACGAGCGCGGAUUCUUUACACGCGCGACAACAGUUUUAGAUUGACAAGGAUUGUUCUUGCAGUCAGCAUUACCUCUCUGACGUUUGAAUCAUUUCGCAUCCGAAGUUUGCGAGCGUUACACUAUCAAGCUUUCAUUUAUAUUGGCCGCAUGUAUCUUCCGGAACUUUUCAAAAGGGAAACAAAGCGCGUUGCGCUUCAUUUAUUCAUUCCGCAUUGUCAAAGUAAGAUUUAUCGGGGAUGGGAUCUGGGCUAACGACUUUGAUAAUUAAUCGAAGAGGCUCGCUGUAGAGGGGGAAAUAAAAGGUAAAGAUAAAAGCUUCUCGCUGUAGUGCUUCUUGACUCGCGUUUCUUGCGGAGAAGCGAGACGCUGCGGGGGAGAGGGCGAUCCUCGAAAGAAACUUCCGCCCGCCUGCCUUUCCGCUGGACUUUCCUCUGACAUUCGAUAUCGGUAAACUUGAAAAGAACAACGUGGAUCGAUCGUCCUUUGUAGAAACCAACCUACCAUAAAUAGGCAGCGUAAAAUAGCAAGAGUACACUCGCGAGAGAUUGUAUUCCUGCGAGAUUUCGCGAGGAAGCGAGAUUAUUUCGGUCGAAACAUCGAGCAAUAUUACACAAUGCUUUGCACCGCACGAAGCUGUCUGCCAUGACCUGCAGGGACCUUGAUCGUCCUGCCGCAUGCCGCGCCGUAGCUAUAUGGAUUUUCAAUUUUCCAACAAGUUUCCGAAACUUCUCGCGAUCGCGGAGACUUCCGUCCUUUCCCUUCGAGUGAAAAUUUUCUUGAGUAUUCAAGAGAUGACAGAGAUAAUUAGCUGUCCUCCGAAGUUUCAAGGCCGCGAACUUGAACCAAUUAUGUCAUCUCAUGUACGCGCAGCUCGAAAGGAUAUAUGUAUGCACAGGAACGCUAAUAAUUCUCCGAGAUUAAUAACUUUUGUUUAUACCGCGCUUCUCUCAUCGCGACUGUAUUAUCUCCACGAGACGCAAUUAAACGUAAAGAGAUUUGUAUUAGAAGAUUAAGGUGGCCGUAAAGUGCUUAUGGUAAUUCAGCGCAAACAUCUAUAGGGGACUUCAAAGUCCUCGAGCUGGGAGGAUAACCAUACGAGAGCGGUUUCGCGAGAAUGAACCGCAUUGCGCCACCGAAUUCGCGUUUGCUUAACAGUCCUCCGUUGCAACGGCAUCUCCGUAGCACAAGUUUACAAACUUCCACGAUAAUACCGUCGCGUCGGCGGCGUCAUGCGUCUAAUCUAAACGUGAAUCGCACUAUUCAAUUCGAGGCGACGAAGUUCCGUUCCGCGACAAGUUCCGCGCCGACGAGUGCUCUUACGUAAACGUCUAACGAAUAUCGCAACGAUUACAAUUGCAUAAAUGCUAAACGAAGGUGUUAUCGGCUGACGCUAAUCGUGAUAUUUGUCUAUUACUAGAGCACUCAAGGAUAGAAGUUUCAAAUGUCAUGUAUUUUCGCUUCAGUUGUGCCGAUGGCAUUAGUCGAGCACGACCCACGCUUUCUAUAUUCCCUGACUUCGACUUUUAUUUCUCGAACAAGUGGCAUCAUAAUGGACAUCUACACGACCGACGAAGUUACCCGUCAUAAUAAUGCCAACGAUCUGUGGAUCGUGAUACACGGCGCGGUCUACGAUGUCACAGCGUUCCACAAGGAACAUCCCGGCGGUGAAGAAGUGUUGCUGCAAUUAGCGGGGCAAGAUGCGACAGAGUGUUUCGAUAGCAUCGGCCACAGUUACGAGGCGAUUAAUCUUCGCGAGACUCUCAAAAUCGGAGAGCUGGUGGACGAUAUAAGCCCCGCUGAAUCAAAGACGACGACUACAGAGGUAAAAGAACCAAUGGAGGACGAUUGGCAGUAUCAAGAACCGAAGGCAGAAAUGCAGUCCCAGAAUAUGACGUUCAUAUGUGGCGCUAUCGCAAUUUAUGCCAUAAUAAUGUUUUACUGGUUCAUUCAGUAAACUGUAGAUAGAACAAGGCAAUUCACGUGCGCAAUGUAUUAAUUUUAGCAUAAUGCUAAAAUUUGCAAAAUACAAUGUUAUAUACAACUCAAAGCUACUGGUUUUUUUGUCGCUUUUAUUUGUUAAAUAUCUUAAAUAAAUAAUUUACCUUCGA